CAUAACUGCUCAGAGGAACACAGAACACGAGUCGCAGAAUAGCAAGAAACCAUGGCUGCUCUGACAUUGACAAAUAUCAACUGGCAGCUUGAAGCAAAUGCGAAUGCACACCAUACUGAUAAAUACUCCAGCACAGAGCUGAUUGUGAGGAGAGGACAGGCCUUCACUAUCAUCCUGACCUUCAACAGAGCACUGCAGACUGGAGAGAGCUUAACAUUCAUUGCAGAAACAGGGCCAAAACCAUCACUGCAAGCGAAGACCCAGGCUGUAUUUGACAUCUCCAGCACAGCGAGCAAUAGUACCUGGAGCGCAGUCCAACAAUCCACCAACUCCAGCUCCGUCAGCAUCUCUAUUUCCAGCCCAGCUAAUGCUGCCAUCGGACGCUACAAACUGAGCGUGCAGCCUGCCUCAGGUGGUAGUGCCUCCCGUAGGACCCUCGGAACAUUCGUUCUGCUCUUUAACCCUUGGUCUUCAGGAGAUGAUGUGUUUAUGCCCGACAGCACUGAGCGCAAGGAGUACGUGCUGGAAGAGUUUGGAAUUGUCUUUGUGGGCAACGUAAACCGUAUUAGCAAGAUGGGCUGGAAUUAUGGCCAG